AUGAAUGAGGCGGCAGUCCUGCCAGCAGCAUUUGCUCGCAGGGUGAGGCUGACAGCCGCGGCCGAAGCCCUAGUAGCGCAAGAGGCCCUCGCACCCAAGCGGCCCAGACGUACGCCCGAUACCUCUGCGAACGACAACCACUCCCGGGCUCGCAAGAAGCCCCGCAGGGACCGGCCGAAGGCUGGGAAGCUCGAAGGUAUCGCAAACCUGCCACUCGAUAUCCUCUUCGAGAUCUUCGGACACCUCAAUCCCGCCGACCUCCUCCACCUUGCGCGCGUGAACAAAUACCUGCGCGCGACGCUCCUCCGCAAGGACUGGAAGCCGCUCUGGGAAAUCUCGGUUCGGGGAUAUCGCACGCCGAUUCCUCCCUGCCUCGACGAACGGCUGGAGUUGCCACAAUACGUGAACCUGCUAUUUGGGCAGCAUUGUUUCCUCGCGAAGUGCCCAGAUGCUGCUGCACGACGCAAGCGGGAAGCAGAGAUACGCGAGCAGACGUCUAGGGUCCUGAAGUUUGUCGAGGAGGUGACGAAGUUCCUGGCCGCGGAAGCAGAGUAUGACCGCCGGGGUCGGAAGCGCGUGCUCGACCAGCAAUGUAACUUGUACGCGCUAGACCUUUGCGUCGCAGAGACGUAUGGACUAAAGGCCCAACACAGCAUCCGCGACCAACUACAGAAAAUGGGAUACGGUGAAGAACUUGAGAAGUUGGGGAAGAACUCGCUGUCUCUCGAAAAAUUCGUGAAGCGAGCAACCCACGAGCUCAAUGAUCAAACAUGGCCGCGCAUCAAACCAAAGGUCGUGGAGGAGCUCAAGAGGCUGAUUCUUGACCGCAAGAAGCACACCGCCGUCGAUACAUUCAAAAGGCGCGUCAAGGCUCUGGAACAGCGGCUCUUCGGCGCCUGGGGGCACGCGGAGCUCGUUUGGCCCGCACCUCGAUGGUCAGAGAUUGCGAUCAAAGAGCCUGUGCGCACGCUGCUCAUGCAGGACCUCGAAUCCGAGGAGGUCGACUUGCUGCCGAUGAUCACAGACAAGGAACUCGUCCGGCUCGGCCAGGAAUGCGUAGCAGCGAAGAUCGCGUUCUUCGGCUCUCUGUUGCCCGUGAGUGCCCGAAGGAGGUGUGAAAGCACUGCGAGCGCGCAAGAGGUGGUCUUGGACGACCGGUUCUUCCUCGCCACAACCUGGUUCCGAUGUACCAGCCCCCGCUGCACGGAGCCCAUGCCCUUCGCGCGCGCCGUGACGCACAACUGCCUCUUCGUUGAGGAGGCAGGGCUCGAGGAAGGAAACACCCACAUCAACCUUUCAGCUAUGUUCGCCACCUACAAGGCUCGCACCGAACUCUUUUACCAUCCCGGGUUCGUAGGUCAGCCGAUAUACGUUGACGAGGGCGCGCGCCACCACGCAAAGGUUCUCAUCGCGGCUUGCGGUCUGAGCCCGGACACGGCGACGUUCGGGGAUAUGGAGGCGACGAGAAUCACCCUCGUGUGCACCACUUGCGGGCACGAGCACAGCGCGGGGAUGGAUUGGCGGGAUGCGGUAGGAGCAACCACGUAUUUCAGUCUCGGUGCAGCAUUGAUUCCUCGACUACAGUUCCUGCACUCAGUCCACCGCCACCCUGCCACAUACGAGCUCACCGACAUCCGUGUUCAAUGGUUGGUCAUCAGAGAUUCCGAGCGUUUGGAGGCGAUCCGUCGCAAGCAAAUCGAAGCCAUCGAAGGGGGCCACCGCGAACCACAAGGACCUGCGGCGCGCAGCAGAUUUCUCGCUGCUUGA